AUGACCAUCUGGACCCUAGAAAACGACUUGGUACUCCUCGAGAACCAAAUUCCUUUCUUUGUGCUUGAGAAAUUGUUCCAGCUCACGGUGGGUCGGAUCCAGGAUCGCGUCGACAAGAACUGGUCGCUCACCGAUUAUGUGUGGCAGUGCUAUGGGAAAAAGAUGAGGCGAGUAGGAAAUUCCACCAAUGCGAAAACUUCAUGUUUGCCCAGGGAUUGUGUCCUACGGGUUUAUGGCAACGAACAGGACGACCCUAAAACAGAAAAAGAAAAAGAUCCAAGUGCUGGAUACUAUCAUAUCCUGCAUAACCUACACGAUCGUUACGUUCCUCGUGAUCAUCAAACAGUACAGGAAGAUAUUGCAGAAAUGCCUUCGGCAUCAGAACUUUACUUUGCAGGAGUCAAGUUUGUUCCCGGGCCCGAUGCAGGAGACAGUCAGUUCAAGUUCAAAUUCACUGAACCUAAAGGCCUAUGGUGGUGGUGUUGUAGGGCUCGUUUUGUAAUCCCACCACUCCAGUUAAACGACGACACAGAGUUAUACCUCAGGAACCUCAUUGCCUUUGAACAGUACUGCCCUGGCGUUUCGCAGGGCGUUACGUCCUACGCGUUCGUCAUGGACAUGCUUGUGAACUCUGAUAAAGAUGUCGAAGGGCUUGAAAAGGUCAAGGUCAUCCGUAAUUGCCUGGGUGCCAGAAAGGACGCCACCGAUCUAUUCAACCAGCUAUGCAAGGAAACUGCACUUGGAGACCGAGAGUUCGUUUUCGCUGAAACGUGCAUCGAAGCCACCAGGUAUAGCAAGCGCUUUUGGCCGAAGAAUAUGUUACAAUUGAGACGCACGUAUUUUGCUUCUCCGUGGACGUUCAUAGCUUUCAUUGUUGGCUUCAUGGCUUUUGUCAUAUCUUCGGUUGAAUUCGUCCGCAUGUUGUAUUAUUUUGAAAGCAGUAAUAAUAACAUUUUGUCAUUAGCCAGUCUCAUAGUUUACCGAUUGUGCAAAUUUGCUCAACCUGUUCAAGCGCAACAGCUCCAUUUGGCUUUGCUUCAACAUCGUAUUCGAGUCUAUGGAGAGAUUUCAGAGCAAUUGUGUGAGUUCGAAACCUUUCAAGGCUGUUACAGAUGGUUUAUUCCCCCUAGAUGGCAGAAUUCAUUCUUGGAUUUAACUCCAGCGGUUACAGAAUUAAAUCCUGAUGUGCAGCUCUAG